AUGACUGACGAAGAUGACGGCGGGGGUGCGGAUGAGAACGUCGGUGAGGAUUUCAAUGACCUUCAUAUAAUACCACUAGACGGAGAAAGUCAUGCGCUCGCGAUGCCCCGUGCAAUAAUAUGGGCACUUGGUGCCUUCAGGCCUCUAAGACACGAAGAACUCGCGAUAGCCUGUGCAAUCAUGCAUGGCAAAGAUUUGGAAGCCUACUUGGAAGAGGAAACCGCUUUCUGGACUUACGGUGUCUUCGAGAAAGAUAACGAUGGCUUCCUCAAACAAACGCUCCGUGCUCCUGGGAUAUUACGACAGUUUAUCCCUACGGAUUUUUCUAAUAACCUGAUAUUGAACACUAUUCUUACGGGGAUCGCUGAAGCUAAGUAUUUGAGGCAUGAGUACAAGAUCCAUAGAGGACCUAGAGCUGGAAUCUUGAAACCUAACCGAUUCCAACCCUGGUGGCGAUUUCUGGAAUAUUCAACACUCUACUGGCCAUCACAUCUGUGUGAUGUAAAAUACCUCAUAACGCCCACGGAGGAAUCACAUUUAGUAGAGUUGUUACGCCAGCCAAUGUGUGCGGUAUGGAUUGAGAUUCUUGCUUCGUGCACAGGGGGCCGCUUUGGGAUUGUCCUUAGCCGGAUAAUACAUCUUGUCUUGAUUUUCUGCAAUGGAAACGGGCGCUAUCUUGUCACAAAGAAGACUAAUUCCUCAUUGAAAACCUGGGCAAAGUCUUGUCAGCAUCUUGUGCAUGACUGGGGGGAUGUACUCGCAAAGUCACCUGGCGAAAUCUACUACAUAAAGAAUAACUUUUUACCAAGGGAUAAUAUCUUUCGGAGAUCGACGUUUGUCAGGUUCCGACAGGAUUUGGCCGGAUAUCCACCACUUGAGCCUAGGAUGCAAAUUUCAUUCUUCGAAGAAAUGAGCAGCGAGCGUGCGCCGAUUGAGGUUCAUCGGUCUACUAAAUGCAUUUAUUACGCCUCUCCGCGUUAUGCCACAGUUUCAUCUCCAUCGGAGCGUCAGUGGACAAUACUUUGUAUCUCGCUGGAUACAGGCUUAAAGAUAGCAGAGUACCACGGGCAGACCGCUUUUGAGGACCAACGGUAUGAAUGGGGCCUAACAACUACCCGUACUGCACAAUUAGCAAUUAGUCCUGAUGGCCGGUACCUCGCAUAUGAGGAGCUAGUUGACUGCUCAGAGGCUAGUGAUAACAACCAGGAUUACCGGGUCUUUACAUAUUACUGGAACAUACAGCCUAAUAUCACCAUAGACGGUGAUCUUUUUGGCGAAUGUUUUCAAGUAAAUAGAGGCUCUCAAGGCCCACGGUCUGCUCACUCUGGAAAAACACUUGGUUUCGAUAAUGAUGCCAAUUUGGUUCACACAUGCGGCGUUUAUAACGUGAAAACCCAAGCUGAGGUACAUUCUAUAUCUUCUACUGAUUUCCUACCAGAUAUAAGUUCUGCAGCACUUUCACCAGACAGUACUGUGACGGCCUUUGCACAAAUGGGCCCAGAGGGCAAGGGAUUCAACAUUUGGGUGCGCAAUAAUUUUGGGGCUGGCGUGACUACCACACACCGGGUUCGUAAUGGGAUCAUCAAGCUUCUUGAUAUCAGUACAUCUGGCCGCUUACUAGCAUUCUUGGAACAGACUCCAGAAGCGCCUGGAAGAAAGCAUGUGUUUCAUUACAACCUAGUUGUGCUGGAUGUCGCAUUGGGCUAUAGGCACAUACUAGACUGCUUUGCGGGUCGUAUUAUACCCACUUCAUCGGACAACUUCUACGAUAAUACCCUUCCUUUCCUGGUUACCGCAUUCUUUGGUGACAAUGAAAAUGAACCUAUAUUGUUUGCGUUUGAACCUGCCAAUAGCAAGGGUCGUGUGUGGCGGAAAUGUCCCGGGAAUUGGACCUGGAAGUCAACUUGGUAUACUACCUUUGAUGCCACCUUAAGGCCCUUGAAAUUCUUCGAUAGGGAUAAUUGGAUCAUGGGAAUUCACAGGGAGGGAUACUAUACAUUCUCUAUACUCUCUGCUGAUAACCACCCUCGCAUUGCAGAAGUUCGCCGGAGUGGGUAUGGAUUUAUGCUUGUCGCCUGGAGUGCUCAUUCUCGCUACUGUAUAAACACAGAGUGUCAAAGUGAGAAGGGUUUCAAGGUAAUCCCCUUUAACAUACCUCGUAUAUGCCAUAGUAUAUCUUUUGCUAAUAAUCUGACAAAAGAUAAUAGGCCGGCGGGUGAGAGACUAUUACGGAUUCCCCAGGGAGUUUUAUUUCAUAUCUCCGGUAUCCUUGCAGUCAAUCACCUCAGUAGAGAUACCUGCCUCGGGAGAUUAUAUAUAUUACACUAA